UUCGUGUUUUGCGGUUAGUUUCGAAGUAGUUAGUGCAAUGUAAAUAAAAUACAUACGUAUUUCAUUCAUCUGCGAAUCAUGGCCACAUUUAAAGUUAAAAACAAACGACCACGUUUCGGGAAUCCUAGAAGCGAUAAGCAUAAGCAGAAGCCCAAGUAUAAAAAGAAGGAUAGUAGGUUAAAGUUUUCAGUCAACGAUGAAGCAGCUGAAAUUACUAGGCUCAGUGAGCAAUACACGACGUCAGAAAUUGAUGGAAAAAGCAAGUUUUCGGAUUUUCCUCUAUCCAAAAAGACCCUCCAGGGAUUGGCACAGGCCAAUUACAAAAUCCCAACCGCUAUCCAGCGUGAGUCUAUUCUACCUGCACUGCUUGGAAAAGAUAUUUUAGCGGCGGCCAAAACCGGAAGCGGAAAGACACUCGCAUUUCUUAUACCAAUAUUUGAAAAACUGUAUACACGCCAAUGGACUCGAUUGGACGGACUUGGUGCUUUGAUAAUAACCCCAACUCGUGAGCUAGCACUGCAGAUUUUUGAAGUCGUUGCAAAAAUUGGAAAACACCAUGAUUUCACUACUGGUCUUAUAAUCGGCGGUCAAAACCUGAAAUUCGAGAAGAAUCGAUUGCAUCAGUUGAACAUUAUCAUAUGUACACCGGGACGGUUGUUACAGCAUAUGGAUCAAAAUCCGCUGUUUGAUUCUACAAAUCUUAAAAUAUUAGUCCUGGAUGAGGCGGAUCGUUGUUUGGAUAUGGGUUUUGAAACGGCCAUGAACUCUAUAAUUGAGAAUUUGCCAGUUGAACGGCAAACAUUGCUGUUUUCGGCUACCCAAACCAAAUCGGUGAAGGAUUUGGCUCGGUUGAACCUAAAAAAUCCUAUUUACAUUGCACCACAUGAUUCAGAAGAGUACACGACUCCGAAUCGGUUACAGCAAAAUUAUGUGGCCAUCGAAUUAAGUGAAAAGCUAACAAUGCUGUGGUCGUUUCUGAAGGCACAUCCGAAACAAAAAAUUAUUGUGUUCUUUGCCACUUGCAAACAAGUAAAAUACUUCUAUGAGAUAUUUCGCAAGCUUCGUCCUAAUAUACUGCUACUUCCGUUAUACGGUGGCAUGAAUCAGGAAAAGCGAAACAAGAUCUAUGCCGAGUUUUGCGCGCGCAGUAAUGUGUGCAUGAUGUCAACGGAUAUUGCGUCCCGUGGGCUCGAUUUCCCGAAAGUAAACUGGGUCGUUCAACUGGACUGUCCGGAGGAUGCCACACAGUACAUUCAUAGAGCGGGGCGAACUGCGCGCCUUAACAAUAGCGGGGAAAGCUUGCUUGUCGUGCUGCCACAUGAAGAAUCCGGUGUGGUUGGCAUGUUGGAGAAAACUAAGGUACCAAUCAACAAAAUUAAUAUCGAUGAAAAGCAGUUGUUUUCGCCACUGAUCAAAAUACAAUCGUUUUUGGCUCAGUCGCCCGAACUGAAAGAAAUGGCCAAACGAGCCUUCGUUGCCUAUGUAAAGUCGGUUGCGCUGAUGAAGGAUAAAAGUGUGUUUGAUGUUUCGAAGCUGGACCUGGAAGGGUAUGCCAAGUCACUGGGGCUGCUAGUUACACCUCGCGUUCGUUUCUUGUCUAAAAUGGGCGGCAAACCAAAAAAUGUGAACACAGAUGUUAAAGUAACAUUAGACGAGGAUGACGAAGACGAUGAUGGUGAGCUAUUUACCGUUAAAGAACAAACUGUACAGAAACCUUCAGGACCUUCAGAUGAUCUUCCGUUGUGUGCAGAACCGAAGAAAAAGGUAACGAAGGUGAAACUGCUGAAGAAGUCGUUGGUUGUUAAUAAAAAAAUAUGUUUCGAUGAUAGUGGCCAUGCCUUAGAAGACGCGAUAGAAAAUGAUGUGUACAAUAUCGAAAAGGCUCGCGCCCAGCUUCGUCUGGCUGACGCUGAGGAUAAGGAGCGCUACAAAAACCUCAAAAAAGCCAGACGGAUUGCGAAGAAGGAAAAACUCAAACGAAAAGCUGAAGAAGAGGAUGAUGAUCAAUUCGACAGCGGCGAGGAGAAUAGUGUUGACUUAGACUGGCUUCCAGAUCCGGAUAAAGUGUAUUCGAAAGACAAUUUAGUUGAUGAUAAAAAUGUUGUUUCGUCGCCUAUUGAAAAAGCAACAUCACGAAAGAAAUCGUCUAAGAAACGAAAAAUUGCUAUUAAUGUUGGUGAUAUUACACUGACUGAAGCAGAACGUCUAGCGAUGAACCUUCUCCAAUAAACCUUUUUUGUUGAUGAAUAUGAAAAACUUUAACAAAAAUAAAUACAUCGCGGUUAUUUUGAGGUUUGUAA